GUCAGUCUCAAUUAUUGCGCAGACAAAUCAGUCAGUGUGUAGCUGUUGAGCCGAACAGAAGCAGUAGCAAGAGCAACAGCAAAGCAAAGCAAAAGCAACAGUAAAAGCAACUGCAUAACACUGAGAGACAGACGCAAGCACAAACAGCGUUUAUAUUAAAUACAAAAAAAGACAAGAGACAUUGUGAAUACAGUGAAGUGACAAGAGCAAGAGAACAACAUAACAACAACUAUAGAGUGCACAUUACGAUUGAUUCGAAACAAUAUCAAGUGAUAAACGAACACAUAAUGGCCACAUUAUCAUCACAUCCCAACUACGGUUUCCAUUUGGGACCCGGUCAGGGUCUGGAGCUGCCCUCACGUGGCGACUAUGCCUCUCAAGGUCUGGGCAAUGCUCAGCUGAGUCCCAGCAUGGACAUGGAUAUUAAGCGUGUGCUGCACUACUCCAGCAGCUUGGCUGCCAUGGGUGGAUCACCCGGUGGUGGUCCAGGCGGUGUCGGCAGUCAGGCAGCCAGCAACAUGAGCCACCACAUGGCACACCACAUGCACAAUGCGGUGGCCGCACAGCAGACCCUAUCGCCCAAUAGCUCCAUUGGCUCCGCCGGCAGUUUGGGCAGCCAGAGCAGUCUGGGCAGCAGCGGCAUGGGCGGCGGCAUUGGUAUGGGCGGCACACAUGGCGUGGGAGCGGGAGUCGGAGCGGGAGCGGGCACAGGCGGUGGUACUGGCUCGAUGCACAGCUUGGCCACAUCCCCCGGCCAGGAGGGACACAUCAAACGACCGAUGAACGCGUUUAUGGUCUGGUCACGUCUGCAGCGUCGUCAAAUUGCCAAGGAUAAUCCCAAGAUGCACAACUCAGAGAUUUCAAAGCGUCUGGGAGCUGAGUGGAAACUGCUGGCUGAAUCCGAGAAACGUCCUUUCAUCGAUGAGGCCAAGCGUCUGCGCGCCCUCCACAUGAAGGAGCAUCCGGAUUACAAGUACCGACCACGUCGCAAGCCCAAGAAUCCGUUGGCCGGCGGUCCACAGGGUGCUUUACAGAUGCAGGGCAACAUGAAUAUGAAUAUGAACAUGAACAUGAACAUGAACAUGAAUAUGGCACAACAGAAGCUGGGAGGAGCUGGCGCGGGUCCAGCGGGCGGUGGCUACAACCCGUUCCAUCAGCUGCCACCGUACUUUGCCCCCUCGCAUCAUCUGGACCAACCGUAUCCGGUGCCCUAUUUCACAGGCUUCGAUCCCUUGGCACUGUCCAAACUGCAUCAGAGUGCGGCGGCCAACAAUCAGACGCACAAACAUCUGGAGGCACAGCAAGCACCACAAUUGCCACCCACGUCACUGAGCAGCUUCUACUCCGGCAUCUACUCGGGCAUCUCGGCGCCAUCGCUGUACGCUGCCCACUCUGCGAACGCUGCCGCCGCUGGACUCUACACCUCAUCCUCCACAUCCUCUCCUGGCUCCUCACCCGGUACCAUCACGCCCAACGGCAUGGAUGGCUCCAUGGACAGCGCGCUGAGGCGACCGGUACCAGUGCUCUAUUAAGCCAAAAGGGCCUGUCCCAGAGUAAAGUACAAUUUGCAUUGUUGAAGCGUUCCCAAAGUGAUCCACUGGUUUUAAAUCUUUAAAAGCUCUAAGUAAGCCAAGUACAGUGUAGUAGUUUUCUUUCUAUUAACUCUAUUUAACUAUCUAUCAAAGCCCAUUUAAGCAACGCUCGCAAAAGUCUAGUACAAUCUUUGCACAAGAAAGAAACCGUAAGAAACAUUCCUAGCCAAUAAUAAUACGAGUAAUAUUAAUGAAAUAAUACUACAAUACAUAUGUAUUAUCUAUAAAUAAUAUCUAUAAUUUAUACAUUUGUCACUAAACAAAACCUAAUUGUACAUUAAUUUUAUUUAGUUUUAAGCGAGUGCUCCUUGUUGUUUUUAUCAGCACCAUAUUCUCAUAUCCUAGUUACAAGUCCUGUGACUUCCUCUCUUUAACUUCCCCUCUAACACAAAUUGUAAAUAUCACGCCCAAUUCGUUAUAGAGUCGAAACACAGCCCAAAAAUUAGUAACAAAAACAAAAAAAACGAAACAAAAAACAUUUAUAAAUGUAUUAUUA